AUGGGUGCUCGCAGACGUCCAUCGAGGCCAGCAGCCUCAAAACAUGUAUCUGCCUCGAAACUCGCCAAACCAGAACCAUCCCUGUCGACAUCUAAACGAACGUCCAAAAGGAGCACUAGAGCUUCACAACCCAUAGAAAUACCCGACUCCGACGAUGUCGCCGACUUGACUUUAUCAGAACCAGUCUCCAAGGGGACCUUUCAAAGAACUUUUGUUGACAAUACUGGCUCUACUUCUGCGAGACGCCAACUUCGACGACGUCCUGACUCGACUGCCCCAUCUUCGAUUGCUGAUUCCCUAGAAUCGUCAAGCUACGAAACUCCUGGAACAAGCACAGUCCCAACACCCAAUGUGGUCGACAACGGUCCCUUCAAAUCCCGUGUUGGAGCCACAGCUCGGGCCUUGGAGUUGCAGUCCUCUGAGUUUGCCCUCCGCAGCCGCAAGACAUCUGCAAGAAAACGAAAUCGUGAUGAUCUGGAUGAUGGAAACUCCAGAGAGGACCGAGAUGCGCAAAUCGCGGCCGAAUUUCAAGCAGAAGAGUACAACAUGGUGAAUGAUUCCGAAGACUCUGAUUCGAUGCCCUUGGUAAAGAGACGCCGUCGCCCGUGGAAUGGAGAAGAACUUGUCGAGCUGAACGAUGACGACCUUCCAAUUUCAUCUCGUCAGCGACCCAGGCUCGCCAUGCAACAGACACCCAACUCCUUUGGCCUCCCAGGUGCCUCACUCCAAGAUUCAGAACUAUCUUCGGUUGUUUCUCUUGACGAAACAGGCAUUUCGGAUUUUGACGUUGAUUCUAUGUCCGCUGCUCCAUCGGAAGCCUCUGAGGAACCUAUUGCCUCGGUCAAUCUGUCGACGGGGCGUAUGGUCACUAGAAGUCGGCCACGACUCAGAGGAUUCCGCGACUUGCGAUAUGAUGCCGUCAACCGCCGGAGAAUUCGUGAACGCCAGAAACUUGAGAUCGCUCACCCAGAAAUCAAGACGAUGUGGACGGACUUGGAGGCAAUUGAACCAAUUAAGCCCGUUCCGGCCGAACAACCAAGCGGCAUCAAUCGCAAGCUCAAGACCUUUCAGCUAGAGGGCCUCGACUGGAUGACCAAACAGGAGAAAUCCAGAUGGAAAGGUGGUCUCUUGGGCGAUGAAAUGGGCAUGGGCAAGACCAUUCAAGCUGUGAGCUUGAUCAUGUCCGACUGGCCAGCCAAACAGCCAACCCUGGUAGUUGUUCCCCCCGUUGCUCUCAUGCAAUGGCAGGCGGAAAUCAACGACUAUACGAGUGGCAAGCUCAAAGUUCUUGUCUAUCACGUUUCCGCCAAUCCAAAAUGUAAGCUUCUGACCACCAAAGACUUGAAGAAAUACGACGUCAUCAUGGUUUCCUACUCCGGUCUAGAAUCGAUGUAUCGAAAAGAACACAAAGGAUGGAAUCGUAACGAUGGCGUCGUGAAGGAGGAUAGUGUGUUGCAUUCCAUCACAUACCACCGGUUGAUUCUCGAUGAAGCUCACAGCAUCAAACAACGAACCACGAGUGUGGCUAAAUCGUGUUUUGCCUUGAAAGCGAAUUACAAAUGGUGCUUGUCUGGCACUCCCGUUCAAAAUCGCAUCGGAGAGUUCUUCUCUCUUUUACGCUUUCUUGAAAUCAAGCCAUUUGCGUGCUAUUUCUGCAAGAGUUGCAAAUGUUCUCAACUCCAUUGGAGCCAGGAUGAGGCAAAGGCAUGUAUCAGUUGCAAGCACAGUGGUUUCAAUCACGUUUCGGUCUUCAACCAGGAAAUCCUCAAUCCUAUCACCCAGGGAGAUGAUAGGGAAUUGAGAAAGAAAGGCCUUGAUAAGCUGCGUUUGAUCACCGAUCGUAUCAUGCUACGUCGGAUGAAGCGAGACCAUACAUCUUCGAUGGAGCUGCCGCCCAAAGAUGUUGUCAUUCACAAUGAGUUCUUUGGCGAGAUUGAACGCGACUUUUCUCAGAGCAUCAUGUCUAACUCAACUCGGAAAUUCGAUACCUAUGUUUCCCAAGGUGUUAUGUUGAACAAUUACGCCAACAUCUUUGGUCUCAUUAUGCAAAUGAGACAGGUGGCCAAUCAUCCCGAUCUUAUUCUUCGGAAGAAUGCCGAAGGUGGACAGAAUGUCUUGGUCUGCUGCAUUUGUGAUGAACCGGCCGAAGAAGCCAUUCGAUCACGUUGUCGUCAUGAGUUCUGUCGACAAUGUGCAAAAUCAUAUGUCCAAUCUUUUGCUGGUGGUGGCGGCGACGCAGACUGUCCGAGAUGUCAUAUUCCUUUGGUCAUUGAUUGGGAGCAACCUGAAAUUGAACAGGACGAGGACAACAUCAAAAAGUCAUCAAUCAUCAAUCGUAUCAAGAUGGAUGAUUGGACUUCCUCGACCAAGAUCGAAAUGCUCGUAUAUGACCUAUACAAACUUCGAAGCAAGAAACAAACACACAAGAGCAUUGUCUUCUCGCAAUUCACGUCCAUGUUGCAGCUCGUUCAAUGGCGACUUCAGAAAUCCGGCUUCAGCACGGUUUUGCUUGAUGGCAGCAUGAGUCCGGCGCAGCGACAGAAGACCAUUGAUCAUUUCAUGAACAAUGUCGAUGUCGAGGUUUUCUUGGUCUCUCUCAAGGCUGGUGGUGUCGCUCUCAAUCUGACUGAGGCUAGCAGAGUAUUCAUUGUUGAUCCAUGGUGGAAUCCCGCCGCAGAAUGGCAAUCCGCAGAUCGAUGCCACCGAAUUGGUCAGCGCCGUCCCUGCGUCAUCACUCGCCUUUGCAUCGAAGAUUCCGUUGAAUCCAGGAUGGUUCUGUUACAAGAGAAGAAGGCAAAUAUGAUCAAUGGCACCGUCAACAAUGACCAAGUAGCGCUCGACAAGUUGACCCCAGAAGAUAUGCAAUUCUUGUUCCGUGGUACUUGA